AUGGCUGUGGAUAGAUGUUUAUAUAUUGGGAACAUUAACUCGAGAAUAACAACUGAUAUAUUGUACGAAUUGUUUCUUCAGGCUGGACCUCUCGAAGAUGUUACUGUUAAAGACACAUUCGCCUUUGUAACAUUUGAGGAUGAAGAAUCUGUCCCAUAUGCCUGCUCACUUUUUGAAGGUGUCACUUUAUACGGUACAGAACUGAUAAUCCGUCCAAGACAAAACUCUAAGUUUCAAGAUCUGAAGAUACGUUCCGUUCCGCCUUACGCUCACCAAUAUUACAGGCCUACAGUCGAUUCUUCUGGUUCAGGGUCACCAUACCGAAGUCAUUUUAGCGAGAGUACGGAUUAUAUUCAUCACCGCAGUCAUCGUUGUGAUUCAUUCUCAAGUUUUACUCCACCUAUUGAUAACCGGUAUAGGGAUUAUAGACGGGAAUAUGACCAUUACUCGCGGUCUGAGCAUAACUUACAUCCUCUACCGCCAUAUGGACUUCCUCCUUAUGGAUGGCCAUACAGUCCACCAGUCCCGCUUGAAAAUCGUUCAUAUGAAAGACGAAGACCCAAUGGAUUCACUAGACAUCCAAGUUCUGCAUCGCCUGCUAGUUAUAGAGACCGUAGUCCACCCUCUCGGUACAGCAGUUCCAGACAUGAAAGUUUUUAUAAUAAUCGUGGUUUCUGUGUUGGUAUUCUUGAUAUUGACUUUUGUGGGCCAUCUAUACCCCGGAUACUUGGUUUAGAAAACAGCAAAAUACAUUCAUGCGCUGAAGGCUGGUUACCUGUCUAUGCUGAUGGACACACUAAACGCUUUUCUGUGGUAUCAAUUGGGUUUUUACUAGAUAAUGCUGACUCUGCAGUUAUUUGGAGAGGGCCGCGCAAGGGAAGUAUGGUGGGUGAAUUUUUGAAUUCAGUUUGUUGGGGAAAUCUUGACUAUCUGAUUAUUGAUACCCCACCUGGAACAUCAGAUGAACAUAUAACUGUCUUCGAACAUCUACAAAAGUCCACAUCUGAUGUAGAUGUAGGAAUUAUUAUUGUUUCAACCCCGCAGAGAGUAUCUUUGUGCGAUGUACGUCGAGAACUUGGAUUUUGUGUUAAAACAAACAUAAAAGUAAUUGGUUUAAUUGAAAAUAUGAGUGGAUACAAAUGUCCUAAUUGUACUCAAUGUACAAAUGUAUUUUCACACGGAGGUGCUGAAGCAUUGGCUAUUGAGAAAAAUGUUCAGUUUUUGGGUCGACUACCUAUCGAUCCCGCUUUGACUAUCGCUUGUGAUCGUGCAGGAGAUUUUCAAUCAAAGAUUUAUACUAGUGAAAAUACGAAACUUUUGACUGAAAAAAUACUUUCAGUAUUAUCUGUUUGA